GACGCAUCCUCCCAUCAGCUGUUUUUGUUUUGCAGUGUCGACCCAUAGAAAGUUAAUAACACAAUAAUAACACCGUGGACGUGCCAUCAUCACGCGGAGGAGGACGCGGCGUUUGUUUUGUUGUGUCCGGGUUCGGGGACAGUUCGCUCGGUGUGCGAUGUGUCACACCUGAGCCAGUCUGCCCGGACGUUCCCCCUCCACGAAGAGUGUGAGCGUGGCGCCUGGAGUCCGGGAGCAGAGGAGGGGAAGCGGGGGGAUCAACCCGAGCCCAAGGAAAGGCCUCCGACCUCGUCCCACUGAGAGCAGCGACACUCCGGCGGUCCGGAUGGAGCCCCAGGAUUUACCGGAUUUCGCAGAAGUGGACCGAGGAUUCAUCUGCGCCUCGUUUAACCAGGACACCACCCAGAAGUCGAGGCAUCACCAGUCAGGAAGUGAACGCAGUUCUCUGUCUGUGGGCACCAAGACUGGCUACCGACUCUUCUCAGUCACCGCUGUGGACAAACUGGACUGUAUCCAUGAAGGAGUUGAAUGUCCAGACGUGUACAUCGUGGAGCGGCUGUUCUCCAGCAGCCUGGUGGUGGUGGUCAGUCUGUCCAUGCCACGGCGAAUGAACGUCUACCACUUCAAGAAGGGCACGGAGAUCUGUAACUACAGCUACUCCAACAACAUCCUCUCCGUCAGGCUCAACAGACAGCGGCUGGUGGUUUGUCUGGAGGAGUCCAUCUACAUCCACAACAUCAAAGACAUGAAACUACUCAAGACCCUGCUCAACACACCCACCAACCUGUCAGGUCUCUGCGCGCUCUCCGUCAACCACGGUAACUCAUACCUGGCGUACCCUGGCAGUGCCACCAUCGGAGAGAUCACCAUCUACGAUGCAAACAACCUGAGCACGGUGACACUGAUUCAGGCCCAUGACAGUCCACUGGCGGCUCUCACCUUCAACGCCUCUGGCACCAAACUGGCCAGCGCAUCAGAGAAGGGAACUGUGAUCAGAGUCUUCAGCAUUCCUGAGGGACAGAGGCUGUUUGAAUUCCGGCGAGGGAUGAAGAGGUAUGUUAGCAUCAGUUCAUUGUCCUUCAGUGCUGAUGCCCAGUUCCUCUGCGCGUCCAGCAACACAGAGACGGUCCAUAUCUUUAAACUGGAGCAGCACAGCCCCAGUCAAGAGGAGGAGUCUCCCACAUGGUCAGCAUAUGUGGGCAAAAUGUUCACUGCAGCCAGCACCUACUUGCCCGCCCAGGUGUCAGACAUGAUGCAUCAGGACAGAGCCUUCGCGACCGUUCGCCUCAACAUGUUCGGCCUGAAGAACAUCUGCGCCCUGGCAAUGAUUCAGAAGCUCCCUCGCCUGCUGGUGGCGUCCUCGGACGGAUUUCUCUACGUCUAUAACGUGGAUCCACAAGAUGGAGGCGAGUGUGUCCUUGUCCAAAAACACAGGUUGUUUGACUCCAGCGAGGAGCAGGUAGAAGAGAAUGAAGAGCUGACACAGGACGCCUCUCCUCAACCAGCCGGCCAAUCGUACGCAGCCACUGUGGCGCUUCCUUCAACCCCGCCCUCCUCCACCACCCUCAUGGGUUACUCUGAAGAUGGCGGAGCCCAGAAGGGCGAGGUUAUUCCAGAGCACGAAUUCGCCGAGAGCCCCAUCUGUCUGGACGACGAGAACGAGUUCCCUCCGGUCGGCAACCAGAGUAACUGAUCAACGCCUCCACCCUGUUAACACCAAUCCCCUCCCCCCACCACCACCACCAUCCCAAUCAGACUCACAUGUUCUCGAGCAAGAGAGGAUGGACGUAGAUAUUCCUGAUGUAUUGUCCCUCACACCUGUACCCCUGCUGGCCUAGGGUAAAAACGUGAAAAGUGCCAGAGUGCAACUUCCUGGUGUUUCUGUGUUCAGCUUCCCUCUCACCUUUUUUGUAAGGACAAAAAAAACCCUAAAACAACUCUAAACAAUGUGCAUAUUUAGAAUAUUUUAGGCUUUUUGCGCUUGAACAGAUUGAGAGUCCUGCUCGUAAAGGUCCAGUGUGUAAGAAUUAACUUGAGUUGCUCAUCUGGGAACUACAGUGGCCUUUUUUCUUUAUUUGCACAUUAAGCUUCUGCUUCAGAAAGUGAAACACAAGCUCUGGCUUUUUUUUUUUCCAGGCUGCUAUACAAACACGUCAACACGAGAUGGCAUCCUCCUGAAAGCAAGGCCCUUGCGUUAAGUACAUACAAAUGACUUUUCUAAGGCUACGUAAACCAAAUUAUUACACACUCUGUGUGCUCAAUUUUUAUAAUUAACCUUAUUAAAUGUUACACACUGGACCUUUAAUUCCCAUUUUCAUGCGAUUAGAUACCAUUCAUUAUUUAAAAAUGAACAUUUUUGCCGCACAAUGUUAUCAUGGUAGCACAUGAUUGGUCCACUUGCGAAGACGUGCGCACAUGACUUGAAUAUACUGAGAAUCGACAAGCAACCAUUUUAGAGUCAACUUAGGCUAAGAGAGGUUCAUUUUAGCAGCUUAAUGUUAAAGUCUGGUCAUGAAAGUACUUUUCUUUUUCCUGUCACCUGAAUAAAUAUCAGGGCAUUUUUUUGUCUGGGACAUCUCAAGCUCAUCACAGGGCAUUACAUGCAUCACAUCUCGAGAGACGGAGGAGCAGCAGCAUAGUCCACUCAAGAAAGGAAAAGACGCUGUAAAAGUGUGACAAACUAUUUAAAUCCUGACACAUGCAGUAAGUAUUAUGUGACCUGCUGCGAUGCAGCUGCGCUUCUAAUUAUGGCGGGUGACAGGCGAGACUGAAAAACCUGCCUGUCACAAAUGUAACCUGAUCGCGUGGACGUCCGUUGAGACGUGCGGUCAGCAGCUCAAUGUGAAAGGAAACAAAAAAUCUUGACGACGAGCCGCGCGUGACGUAACAGUUACACGCCGGUGGAUUUCAGCGAUGUCCUUUUGUGUAUUUACGACUUGAUGCUGAAAACUAUGUUAACUAAUAAUAACUAUGUUAAGUCAUUAUCAUUUUUACUUUGAUGUACCGAAUAUUCUUUUUUUUGCAACAAAAAAAACAAAAGUUUUAAGUAUUACAUAUCACUGACCAUGUGUACGAAAUUAUAUUGAGGAUUUUUACUGUGUGAAAACUGUGUGUGUAUGUAUAUAUAUUUACAUAUAUAUAUAUAUAUAUAUACACACAUUUAUAUAGAGUAUUGUUAUAAGAAGUAACAUUUCAGUUGCCAAAAGGUGGCAUUGAUAGGACACAUUUAAGAGCUGUUCAACUGGGACAUUCAUCAUCACAGAGACUCAUUAAAGUGGACAAGUGACUCAAAA